AUGAGGGCCGGAUUAGUAGUUGGGUCGGUGACGACCAGCGAAUACCUGAGGUUGUAUGUUUUUGAUCUUUUUGUUAUGGUUGGUGACGAUGUGAGGCUCAGUGGAGAUGUUUGUAGAUUGGCGGCGUCGAUGGUGCAUUGCAGAGUCUGUGCGUUCUGUAGGUGGCUGAGAACUCUCAGUACUUGA